UGGAAGCGGCGGUCGGUUUGGGCAAUAAUUCAUGUGUAGUCCUCCGUUGUGGUAACGACACAUAGCGACCAAAUUGUUGGUGAAGCAACGGUAAUUAACACAAAGUAACAUAGAUAAUGUCUUACAUGAGCUCAAAAUGCAAGGCAGUUAACUUUUUUAAGGUUGUUCUACAGCUGUACAAUAAUGUAAACUGUAAGAAUGCUCAAACAUUUAACCAGAGUGACAGCAUGUGAUUUUUGAUUAGCUAAUUAGCUUUUUAAGGCUACGUGCAGUUCGUUUGCAUCAACAACAGGUGCUUUACUGGAGCUAUGCCAGCGACAAGCACACCAGAGUCGGGGGAAAACUCGAAGGUGUCGAGAGAGGGAAGUGAGACUUUGAACCUGCCCUCACCUUCAGGACAAACAGAGCUGGAAGCAGCUGACCAAUAUCCCGGGAUAGACGCAAACAACAUUAAACAGCUAAUUAACGAGUUUGAAGGACUUUACAAGCAACGACUAAAAUGCCUUGAGGUGGACGCCGCCAUUUCAAGGGAAGAACGUCAACAGAAGAAAGUGGAUUUCCUGCAGUCUUACGUGAAUGACCUCACAGACCAGAACCAGGUGCUGGCUGAGACCAUUGAGGAUUUGCAAAGGGAAGCUCGACACAAAGUUUCCAGUUAUGGAAUGAAGCUACACAGCUCUGAUCAUGAUUUGAACGUGUCUGAAGUUAAUCUGAAGACUUUGUUGCUGGAUGAGCUUAUGGGACCAAUGGUUCACAUCCCACACAGCACUGGUUCCUUGGUCCAGAUUGCAUCAGAGUCAGAAGACCUUGAAAUCCAGUUGCAAACCAAGGACAUAGUCAUCUCUGAACUUGGGGGGGAACUCAGAGAGAAUUUACAGCAAAAUCAAAAGACUGCAACACAGGUCCUGGAAAGUACUGAGAGGCUGGUGCACCUGCAGAGUGAGCUGUCUUGUCUGCAGCGUAUCCAUAAAGACAACAUGAAGGAGAUUGCUGAGAAAGACAUCUGCAUCACCAAACUGCAAGCUAACAUUCAGCUACUGAAACAAGAGGGGGCUGACACUCACGCUCAGCUUUCCAAACUGAAUGUGAGAACAAAGGAGCUGCAGGAGGAGUUGAAGGGAAAAGAGGAGAAAUGGAGGCAAUGCGAGGAGGAACAGAAAAUGAAAGAUGAAAAGGAGAGUGAAAAAGUAGAGGAGAGGAGAAGGCAUGAGCGUCAGAAGAGAGAAGAGUGGAUGAAGAGAGAGGAAGAGUGGAAGAAGAGGACUGAGGAGGAUAGAAAGGCCUAUACUGAAGCUGUGCAAAAGUGGGCUGAGAAGGAAGCUAUUUUGAAUUCUGAGAUGAAAGAGAGGGAGGAUCGUGUGAGGCACCUGGAGCAGGAUGCAGUUACUUUGCGAGCCACACAGGACUCUCUGAUGAGAGCACUGGCUAUGAAGGAGAAACACUCUGAACAGCUGGUCCAAUGCAACGCACAGCUCAAAGAAAGCCUGGCCACGCUGCAGAGCAAGAUACAGAAGAAGGAGAUAAAGUUGUGCGCGCUGGCAAGGGAGCUCACAGAACAUAAAAAGCAGCUGUCUGAAUGCCAGAAAGAGUUGCUUCGAAGAGAGAAGGCUUUGGAGAAACUGCGUGAGGAAACGGGUGAGCUGAGAGCCAAGAUGGAGGACCACAGCAGAGAGUGUGUUCACCUCAACCAGACCAAAGACAGACUGGAGGCUGACUUGGCUUUGAGCCACGAGAAACUUCACACUUCACACCUGGAGGUUCGAAGCAGAGAUCAGUUAAUUCUGCAGCUGAGAGCUGAGAUGAAAACAGCUGAACAAAAGCAUCAAGGGACACAGGAACAGGUGACAGCACUGGUGGAAGAGGCAAGACACUUGAACCAUAAGGUCAGAGCACACGAGGAAGAGGCCUGUCAGUUAAAUGAAAAGCUGAGAGGUAUCGAGCAUCUGAAAGACCAAAAGGAGACAGAACAACAGCAGCUAUACGAUCAGCUCCAAAUGAGUCAGCAACAGGUCGAGACAUUUAAAGAGAAACUAAUGAAGCAGGAGGCUGACAUGGAAUUUCUUCACCACCAGCUGAAAGGAGCGAAGGGCAAGCUGAAAGAGACCAAUUUGCAAAACCAAGGGCAGAAAGAAACAGUGGCGAUUUUUAAACAGAAGUACACAGUGGCAAUAGAGAAGGUGCAAAGGGUGCAAGGGCAGGUGGAACUACUGGAAGAGGAGCUACGAUAUUCACAGCAACAGCUAAAAGAUUCACAAUCAGCAGCUCAUUCAAUAAAGGAAGAGUUGGCUGAGCUAGAGCGGCGCUACCAGGAGAAGGUUGGCCAGUGGGAGAGCUCACAGGAGGCUCUUGACCAAUUAGCGGAUGAGCUACAGGCCAAUCAGAACCUACUGAGGGAGAGUCAGCAAAACGCCGACCAUUUUAAAAGCCUGAUGGGAUCCCUCCAGGAGCAGGUGGACACAUUUAAACAGCAGAAACUGACGGUGGAGCGUGACCUACGGCUCUAUCAGCAAAGCCAUUCUCAUUCUGACGAGGAGUAUCUCAGCCUGUCAAGACUCAGACAGCAGCUACAGAAGCGCUGCACUGAGCAGGUUGAACGCCUUGCGGAGUGUGAAAAGGCUAUUCUUCAGAUGAAGUCAGAGCUGGAGAGACAAACUCAGGAAAACGUAGGUCUGAAGCAAACGCUUGCUGCUUCUCACCACAAGCACCUGUGCAACCGCAGCGAGCUCGAAGACGAAGUGGCACAUUUGAAAAAAGAAGUGACAUGCUUCGAGCGUGAGUUGGCGGACACCCAAAAGGUACAGGUGACUGUCCGCAGGCAGGCAGAGGAGCUGAAGGAGGCCACACGAGACUCUGCAAGAAUGAGUAGGGAGGUGGAUGUGCACAAGGGAGAGGUGCAGAGACUUCAGGAGGAGUUGCAGAAGGAGGAGGAGAAGAUGAGGAGAGCCAUCAGAGAGAACCAGAGCCUGAGUUUCUCCACCAGACAGCUGAUGCAGGAGCUGAAGGAGCUACGUAACAAGCACCAAGUGGCAGUGGAGGAGUUGGCAGCUCGUGCAGAGGAGGCGAGGCGGAUGGAGGGGUGCCUGAAUGAAGGAAAGCUAGCAGAGGAGAAAAUAAGGUCCAUGGCUGCGAGGCUAGAGAAGGAGGUGACAGAGCUCAGGAGGAACCUUCAGCAGGCUGUCGAUCAGAAGCUCAAGGCUGAGAGAGAGAAACAGGAUGCACAAGACCAGGUGAAAUCCCUUCGGUCAGAGCUGGAAGGAACUCGGUCUGAUAAUCUAAACCUUCGCCAUGAGAGCCAGCUGGUCAUGACCAAUGUCAGCCUUUGGAUCACUGAACAAAAGGCCUCUAAUGAGAGCCUCGCUGCCCAGAUGAAGGCCCAGAACAAGGUGCUGCUCAUCGUCACCGAAGAGAAAGAACAUCUUCAGGAGGCUAAUGACACACUAAAGGCAGAGGUAAAGAGACUGAAAGAAGUGGCGGAUGAGAAGGAGAGGGACAUGGAACGCUUCAAGGCCCAGAUCCGAGACCGGGGCAUCCGGCAAGACGGGAAAACCAUGGAAAGGAAGGGCUGUGUUGCUCUAAACCUCAGCAAAAUCGAGGACCUGCAGACCAGACUGCAAGGCAACCUGGAGGCCAUCGGAAUGCUAAAUCAACAAUUAAACGCCCUCAGCGGGGAGAAUAAGCGUUUGCGUAGGCAGCUGGAGGAGGAGAGGUCCAUGCGUAGACAAGUGGUGCAACUGCUCCCACCUCCUCCCACGUCCCAGCGCUGCUCCUCCAUCCACCUCCCCCUCUCCCACAGAGCCCAACCUCCUCCCUCCGCCUCCCUUCCCUCAUCCCUCUGCCUCCCUCGUCCUCUGGGUCCAGAGACACGGGACCCCGAUGGGAUUCUAAGUCAAACCAAGCUGAGUAGAGCUGGAUCAGAGAGACCAGGUGAGUUCCAGGCUUUGGGUGAAGCCUUCCGGAUCAGGCCGACUGCAGAGUGUGCCGUCUCCACCUCUCUGGAAGAUGUUUGGUCUGGGAGGACAAGCAGGCAUCUGGCCAAAUGAAGCCCCCUGAAGACUUUGACCUGUCAUGACUUUUUGACCCUCAGCUCCUCACGAGGGAGCAUGCUCAGUAUGAGGUUAAUGUCCUCCAGGUCAAAGUCAAGUCCCAGGGUUAUUUUUGCCUGAGGGGGGCUCCAGAACCAGCAGAUGAUGGAAUUUCCUUAGCUAUGUUUUAUAUGGCUGCUGCCAUGCCAUGAGAGGAAGAGAUUCAUCCCAAGAAAAUAUUCACAUUUAUAGAUUAUUUUGAAAGCAAAAAGAUCUUAUAGCGUCAGCAAUUAAAUAUUUAAGCUAUGAUGUGGUUUUGCAACAAAACUGUAGCACUAAGCACUAGAAUAUUUUUAACAUCUGCACUUAUUUGGAAAUCCCCAAGGGUUCUGAUGAACUAUAAUCAUUUUAAUUAACUUGAAUGGGUAAAUGAACUAAACAGAGCAAAUGACUGAGUACAAAUGUGUCUCACGCUGGAGACGAGUCCUGCUUGGGAUAAAUGAGAGACGGCACAUCAUCAGUAUCCACAGACAUGGCUCAGAUGUUGAUGUAAAUGGCUAGAGCUCAGCCUCUGAUUACGCUGCAGCUGUGCGCCAUGUGUCCCACGUCUACUGUGGUGAAUGUGGCCGUAUGUCUUUAUGUUGGAAUGCAUUAUGUGUCUGUGUGCUUCUGUCUCUAUAAGGACCUGUGGGUGAGUGUGCACUCGCACGAUUGAGUGCAUUAGCUGUUUAAUAUUGUAGAUGUUGUUUUAGAUUUAGUUUUAUACUUUAAAACCUAUUUAUUGAUUUUUCUCUGUCGCUGCACUUGAGCCCCCAUGUUGGGAUAACAGAAAAAUAAAAUUUGUAAGCAGCUUUGUA